AAUAUAUGUCUCAUUUCUGUGUAACCGUGUGCAAGCACAAAACGUGGUUAACUUGGAAAUUGAGAUCAUGAUCAAACACAGCAUGGGAGAGGUCUUAACUGAACAACAGAUUGCUGAGUUUCAGGAAGCUUUCUGUCUCCUUGACAUGGAUGGAGAUGGCUGCAUUACCAUUGAAGAACUGGGGACUGCGCUCAAAUCAUUGGAUCAACAUCCUACGGAAGAAGAGCUGCAGAACAUGAUAAGAGAAAUCGAUGCAGACGGGAACGGAACCGUAGAGUUUGGGGAGUUCUUGCAUCUCAUGGAAAGAAAAAUUAAGGAAAAUGAGGCGGAUGCAGAACUGAGAGAAGCCUUCAAAGUUUUUGACAAGGAUCAGGAUGGCUACAUUUCACCUAAUGAGUUGAGGCAUGUGAUGAUUAAUCUUGGAGAAAGACUGACAGAUGAAGAGGUAGAGCAAAUGAUCAGAGAAGCAGAUUUGGAUGGCGAUGGCUUAGUCAAUUAUGAUGAAUUUGUGAGAAUGAUGUUGGCAUUUUGAUUUUGAU